GCUGAGCGCGAGGCAGCUGAAGAAGCAGCGGCCAGGGCAGAGAAGGAGCGCUUGGAGGCGGAAGUGCGCAGGCAAGAGCAGCUCCUUAUGGGCAACCCACAGAUCCCAGCAGCAGAGGUCGCAGAUGCCCCGGAAGCACAGGAUGAGGGAAUGGGUAUCACUGCAUUUGCACUGUACGACUAUCAGGCAGCGGACACUGACGAAAUCUCGUUUGAUCCUGAUGACAUCAUAACCAAUAUUGAAAUGAUUGAUGAGGGUUGGUGGCGAGGCUGGUGCAACGGGCAGUAUGGCCUCUUCCCAGCCAACUACGUGCAAGUGCAUAGCCCCACCCAGUGAGGCCAGAGGUCCUGGGAGACCAAGUGCCAUCCCAGCAAAAGAUGACAAAUGGCAUAGUGCUUUAGAUGCCAUUUAUUCUGCCUGUGGGCAUUUGUGAGCCGUGACAGAGAAAAAUGAUGUGCAGGACUAAUAAUUGUUGAUGUGUUUGGAAUUGAUGAUUAUUUUUACCUCUUUACAGUUUCUUUUGUUUCCCUCCUGUACUGUUGUGCUCUUUAUUAAACAAGUGAAUGGAGUUCUUAAGAGUUAAGGAAAGAAUGAAUAGUAUUUUUACAUUUGAAUUGGAGUUUUAUCUGUUGUUUUGGUUUAGUAUGUUCUUAAUGACCAAGUGUGAUACAACACUGAUACAUAUUUUAAUGAUCUUUUGGUGCUGUCAUUUUUAUUGGUUGAAGUACAUGAAGAUUUAAUUUCUGGCAUGUUAGUGAUUUCUUCUGCAACCUACAGUAUGAAAUGUAGUAUUUACAGACUUUGUAUAUUCACCCGAUUUAUUGGGUGACAGUUCUUUUAUGUAUGGAAGUGAAAGGAGGAAAAGAUGCAUACAUAGCAAAAAACGGACUGGAGAUAUGGUGAGACAUCUUUUCUCCCUCAUUCUAGGCCUAUGAUUUUACCACAUAGGCCAUUUUUUUGAUGUGCAAAUGAAGUUGCUUUACUCUGAUAUAAAAAGUCGAAGAAGCAGUUCUCUGUGGAACUAUUGUGAUGUACAUAUUUUUUUAUAUGUAUAUAAUAUUAUGAACAAUAUUUGGUGCAUCUUAGGGAAAAUCUUAGAAUUAAGCAUGACAAGAAAGGUUACAUAUUAAGAUAUCCAUGAUAAAGAAUAAAGUUGAGGCUUCUCCAUUAAUAAAAUAAGGAAAAUCUGCGUAUUAGAUUAUCUUAGGGAGCAGUCCAGGGAUCUCUAAGUGCACUUGUGAAUGGUUCAUUGGUAGAAAAGCUCUUGCAGGAAACAAAUAACCUGUACUAGAGAUGUACUUUGGCCUAGUGAUGAUGAGGGUGAAGAGGUACAAGCCUUUUUUUUCCAAUCUUUCUGUUUCCCUUUUCCACUUUUUUCUUUGUCUUCUAAUUACUUUAUUACUGCUUUUUUUUGGGGGGGGAAGUCGUUUUCUUUUUUUUCUUUGCUAUGAAGUUCCUCUUGUUUCCUUGUGGUGCUGGAUAGUGUACUUCUGUCAUGUGCAUUCUUUUUGCAUUGCUUCCAACUGCAGUUUCUGGUUCUGGAUGCUGCUUUUGUGUUGUUGACUACAUCAUGAGUUUUAAUUCUGCAUCAUUUUUAAUUUUGGAUUUUAAUGUUGAGAUUCCAGUUGUAAUGUAUUCUGAUUUUUUUUUUUUUUUUUUUAUAGGUUGCAGUUGCAAUUGUAUUUUAAACUAUGAUUAUCAAGUUGCAAUUGCAAUUUAUUUUGGAUAUAAACACUCGGAGGUUGCAGUGAUCACUGAAUUGCAUAUUAGAACAGGCCAGAUUAAAGUGAUCAAAUAAUCUUAUACAAUCAUUGAAUAUGAGGCUUUUUGAUUUUUACAUAUAUCAGCUAGUUCACUAUAGGGUAUUUUUAUAUAAUUCGCCUACACUAUGUGGUAGAUAUCAGGGAGUGCGAUGUGUCAAAUCUAUGCGGUUCCAAUCAAAUUCCUCCUCUAGGUGGUAGGCUUCCAUAAAGAGUGAUAUAAAAUAUAAAGGAGAUACCAAGAAUGGUUGGAACUUGGGAAUCCAGGGGUAUUAAUAUAAGCAGCAAUUAACACUUUAAACAAGAUACAUGUUUAUUUUUGUAGCAGGACUUUGCUGAUGACUUAUCAGAUGGUAAUAGUCAUUGCUAUGUCAGAGCUAAUGUUUCUUUGGCUUGAUCUUAAAUACAGUUUAGGUAUUCCUCAUUUCUGUCAGAUUCCAGCAGGGUUGGUGAAAGAUUAUUUCAUGAUGAUUGAUCUUUUCAGAUGUUCAUUACAUUAGUUAUUUAUCUAUGCAUUGCUGGUAGAAUAUAGUAUACCUAAACAUUAACACAUCUUCAUAUGAAAGUAUUAUCAGAGCUGUAAGGAAUGGUUUUCUUUGAAAUUUUGUUUGAUCAUUUAACAUGAACUUAUUUCUUUGAAAGAAAUGGUUAUACAUAAGGCAGUAAAAUUGAUUUGAAAAGAUAUCUAUUAACACUGACUGCGCUGAUUUUGUUGCUUACUGAUUGUAGAAUCACAUGAGUUGUUGGCCUGUUAGAAUAUUGCUCAAAAUGCAGCAUGUAGCUGUGUCAAUACCUGGUAUCACUGCAUUUUUUAGAUGAAUAUGAUUGUACUUCAAAAAAUAUUAGAUUUAUCAACUUAAUAAAUUGUAUAUAGAUUGC